UCCCUGAUAGCAUCAAUGCUGCCCCUUUCUCUGCAACCACCGCAGCCCUCGGCAUGCAGGCUGGUCCCUGCCCGCAUGCUCUUCUUCCCUCUGCUGCUGAUCUUGCGACUGCUUGGCAAUGCCUGGGCACUACCCACCCAGGACAGCGACUCCCAGGGGGUGGUGCCAGUCUGGAUGGUCCCUCCAGGAAGCGAAGGGCAGAUUUCCUUCUCCAUCCGUGCCUUCAGGAAGGAGUUUGUCCUGCAGUUGGAGCCAGAUGCCAGUUUCUUGGCACCUGGGCUGAAGAUCCAGCACGUGGGUAGGAAGGAGCUCCUUGCUAAGGAGGACGUGGGGCUCCGGAGCUGCUUCUACUCUGGGACUGUGAACUCCCAGCCAGACUCCCUGGUGGCUGUCAGCCUGUGCCAGGGCAUCCGUGGCUCCUUCUUGGUGGAUGGAGACAAAUAUGUCAUCCACCCACAAGGUCAUGAGAAUGGAGAUCCUCUGCUGCAGGCCCACCAACUCCAGAAGAGGGGGUGGGCAAAAGAAGCUGGAGAGGACAUCCCAGAAGAGGAAUCCUGGGUAGCAGAGCCCAACGGAACCAGCAGAACCAAGAGGUUCAUCUCAGAAGCCCGCUAUGUGGAGACCCUGCUGGUGGCUGAUGCCUCCAUGCUCCAGUUCUAUGGGGAAGACCUGACGAAUCACAUCCUCACCUUGAUGUCGGUGGCUGCUCAGAUCUACAAGCACCCCAGCCUGAAGAACUCCAUCAGUUUGGUGGUGGUGAAGGUGGUGGUGGUGGAAGAUGAGAAGGUUGGGCCAGAAGUGUCUGACAACGGAGGGCUCAUGCUACGGAACUUCUGCGAGUGGCAGCAGCAGUUCAACCCUGCAAGUGACCGUCUCCCGGAGCACUAUGACACGGCAGUCUUGCUAACGAGACAGGAUUUCUGUGGACACCAGGGCUGCAGGACCCUCGGAGUGGCUGAGACAGGCACCAUGUGCAACCCAAACAAGAGCUGUUCUGUGAUAGAAGAUGAGGGUCUCCAGGCAGCCUACACCUUGGCCCAUGAACUAGGGCAUGUACUCAGCAUGCCUCAUGAUGAUUCCAAGGCCUGUGAGAAGAACUUUGGGACCUUAGGGAAGCAUCACAUGAUGGCCCCCCUGUUCAUCCACUUAAACAAGACUCUGCCAUGGUCCCCUUGCAGUGCCAUGCACAUCACAGAAUUUCUGGAUGGAGGGCACGGUGACUGCCUGCUUGACAAACCUGCCGAACCCAUUGCCCUCCCCACAGACCUUCCGGGUCAAGUCCCCCUAUACAACCUUGAUCAUCAGUGCCAGCAGAUCUUUGGCAAGGAGUUUCGACACUGCCCAAACACCACGCAGGAGGACAUCUGUUCCCAGCUCUGGUGUAAGCUGGAGGCAGGGGAGCGCCUGUGCCACACCAGGAAUGGCAGCUUGCCCUGGGCAGAUGGGACACCCUGUGGGGCAGAGAAGAUGUGUUUGGAUGGACACUGUGUGGCCCAAGACACAGUGAUGCCCAAGCCGGCAGUGGAUGGAAACUGGGGGCCCUGGAGCCCUUGGAGGCCAUGUUCCAGGACAUGUGGCGGAGGAGUACAUUUCUCCGAAAGAGGGUGUGACAACCCCACACCUAAGAAUGGAGGCAAAUACUGCGAGGGCCAAAGAGUCAAGUAUGAAUCAUGCCACACUGAGGAAUGCCCACCGAAUGGCAAGAGUUUUCGAGAGCAACAGUGUGCAAAGUAUGACAGUUACAACUAUACAGACACAAACGGGAAUCUGCUGGAGUGGGUCCCCAUGUACACAGGCGUGUCACCUCGAGACCGCUGCAAGCUGUUCUGCCGGGCUAAAGGGGGAACCCGUCAAUUCAAAGUGUUUGAGUCCAAAGUAGCUGAUGGGACCCUCUGUGCACCUGACACCCUCUCUGUUUGUGUGAGUGGGCAGUGCAUCAAGGCUGGCUGUGACCACAUCAUUGGUUCGCCCAAGAAGUUAGACAAGUGUGGGAUUUGCGGUGGCAACGGCUCAACUUGCAAGAAAAUAUCUGGCUCACUCAACAAAUCUAAAUUUGGAUAUAAUGACAUUGUCACAAUCCCCGCGGGAGCAACCAAUAUUGACAUCAAGCAACAGGGUCGCCGAGGGGUGUGGCCCGACCAGAACUAUUUAGCCCUGAAAACCCUGGAUGGCAAAUACCUCUUGAAUGGAAACCUUGCCAUUUCAGCUAUGGAAGAAGACAUUUUCAUCAAGGGGACUGUACUGAGAUACAGUGGCUCUCUUACCACCCUGGAACGCAUCCAAAGUUACCAGAAGCUCCCGGAGCCACUUACUGUCCAAGUGUUGACCGUCUCCACUGAGCUGUACCCCCCAAGGGUGAGAUACACCUUCUUUAUCCCCAAGGACGUCCACUUCAGCAAACAGAAGAGCAAGGAGAAGAACUUGGCCAACGUAAUCAAGCCCAUGCUAACAUCUCAGUGGGUUCUGGGAGACUGGUCCGAGUGCUCGAAAUCAUGCGGCUCUGGCUGGCAGAGACGAGCGGUGGAGUGCCUGGAUGUGGAAGGGCAGGCCUCCUCGGCCUGCAACAAAUCCCUCAAGCCUGAGGACAUCAAGCCCUGCAGUGACUUCCCGUGCCCCAUCUGGCAGAUGGGGCCUUGGUCCCCCUGUUCUCAAACGUGUGGAGAGGGAAUGCGGACACGAAGCGCCUUGUGCGUUGACUACACAGGGAAACCUAUCGCCUCAGAGAAAUGUGGUUCACCGCGGCCGCCAGCAGCUACCACCGCCUGCAUGCUUCAAGAGUGCUGAGGGCAAAGGGAUGGCCGACACAUGAUCAGAGGCAUGUGUAACAUAGGCUACUAACCUGACCCGAACCAGGCUUGGCAUGCCCAAGCAAGGAUGUAGGUUUAAAGGCAAAUGUGCACUAAUUGACCUAAACAGGCCCUGCUGGGUAGACCUGUUUGAAAGAAUAGCAGGCAUUGAAUACCAA